GGGGAGGGAGGCGUUGCGUUGGGAACGAGGCUGGGAACGAGGUGAGGGGUCAGUGGCGGUGUUGAGCCGUGGAUGCAAAGUGGUGUUUUUGAGAAAUCGGUUGAAAGUGAAGACGGCGCAGCGAGGGUCGGAUAGCGGCCAAGUUCAUAUGAAAUCAGUCCCGUAGAGAUUCCUGGAGAGUUCUUGUAGAACAGAAAGCAGCUUUUGGCAGUGUCCUUUAAUUCCACCUGGAACAGUAUCCAAUUGUGUGGUGCACUUGAGUCUGAUCCACUUGCUAAUAUCUUAAGGUGAAGAGAAUUGGAAAGGAAGACCACGAAUUUCAUUUCAACAGCACUGAAAAUCUGCAAUUUCUUUGAAGAAUCAAGGUAUUGACUUUGAAAAUAUCAUCAAAAAUGGCUAGCACAAACAACAUAGCACAAGCAACGAGGACAGUUCAGCAGCUUAAAAAAGAGUCGAAUAUUGAGAGGAUAAAGGUAUCAAAGGCUUCAGCAGAUCUUGUGCGCUACUGUGAAGAACAUGCCAAAAACGACCCUCUGCUUAUGGGCAUCCCAACCUCAGAAAACCCCUUCAAAGACAAGAAGCCUUGCAUUAUAUUAUAGUUGCAAUUUGUGCUUUCUACCUUUUUUAAAAAAAAACUGACCAAUAAUAGAACAGAUAUUGAUGAUGCUAUCUUAAUGCCCUCUAGUUUCCACACACACAUUUUCCAUGUUGAAUUUUUCACUUUUUCCCCUUGCCCAUUCCAGAAAAUAGAUUAGGAAACAUCCUGUGAAUUCAAACCAAAAGGACAUGUUUCAAAAAAAAAGCAUUUGUGCCACAAAAGAGUAAUGAAGAUUGAAUGUAACAAAUAACAUGUCUUUAUAUUUACUUUUUCCUACAUUAAUGCAAAUGUAUGCAGUUUUUAAACUUUUAGAUGUAUUUGAGUAUACUUAACUGAGACCAACAUUGUAAUUAAUUUUGAAAUGGAUCUUUUCCAGUUCACUUAUUGUGCAGAAUUUUGUCUAAAGUGCCAUAUCAUACUAUCACUUUUGAUUUGUAUACCUCUGCCUGCCUUGCCUUUCACCUCGCUAUAGGUGGCAGAACCUUCACUUGCCUCAGCUUAACUCUUCAGAACUCCUUACUUUAAAUCCUACCCCCAUUAAAGCUGCCUUAAAAUCCAUGCUUUUAUGAUCUCUCAACUUUCCCCUCAUUGUUUAGUAUCACCAUAUUUUUCAUUAUGGGAUAUUGUUGAGAUCCAUAAGCACAACCACUGAUUAAGAGUUCCACAACCUAAAUAUCAUAAUAGGCGAAGUGUGGAUUGGUCUGUUCCAAGCAUAGUAUACACCAGAUCCACGUUGACCAUCUCUGUGUUCAAUGAUUCAAAUGUAGGUGUAUAACUUGGGAAUCAUUUUGGUAAAGGCAAGAACAAAAAAAAGGAAAAUGUUGUUUUAGCUUCCUGUCUGUCCAGUACAACAAGCAAGUUAUCCAUUUUAAUAGUUGAACAUUGCAAAAAAAAAUUGAAUAACGUAUUGUUCAAAAAUGUCCAGUUUGGGAUGGGUAAGACUAAACCUUUAAGGAACUGGACUAAUUUAUGAAGAGGAAAAUAUUUACAAACCUAUCAGUCAGUCUUUCCUUUACAUCUACAUGUAUACUUGUUGAACUAGGAUCUUUGUUCUUCAUUGGGUGCAUUCUCUUUGGUCAUUUUGCAUAUUUUGUAUCUGAAUUUGGAAAUUUGGCAGCAUGAUUUUAAUUUCGAAUGUUCAGAAUUUUGAAUAUGCAUUAUUAACCACGACAUUGCUUUAGUUUGACAUAAAAGCAAAAUGCUACUUUAAAACAAAACUUGCCAAAAUGUAUAUUGUAAUACAAUGCUCAAAGCUCAUCUUUACCAGUUGAAAGUUACUGUAUUAACAUAUAUAAUAUCUCAGUAUGAUUGGUUGAUAUGAAGGCAAUCUUACUGGGGCAACAUAAGUUGUUCACAUACAUUGACUUCACUUGUACACAAUGUAAAUGUGGUUGUUAUAACGAAGUGUUCUUGGGCUUUGGUUGCUUUGAAUUUCAGGAGCUAUCCCCAAUAUUUCUGAUAGUAAUUCAAUUUGCUGCAACUCUGCAGAGACUUCUGGAUCUAUUUUAACCUAGUUUUAUAAGUUUGCCACCAUCUUUUAGGACAGUAGAUUUUAAUAGCAUUAACACCAAAGGAGCCUCAUUGAACAUGCCAUCUUAUGACCUACGGUAAUCAAAUUUUAAUGAAAUCAUUUGAAUUUUUGUUAUUUCCUACAAAGGAAUGGCCAAGAUUUCAAUUCAUUUAUGCAUCUUGGAAAAUAACCAAACUGCCUAAUUAGAAUAUCUUAGAUAUAUUUGCAGUUCCAUUAAUCAUGGCAUUGCGUUAGGGAUUUGUUUUAUCUAAUAAUUCAGAUGCUAGCUUACAUGUAUUCAUUAAAAUCAACUUUUUCACUUGCA